AUGGAGGCAGAAGGCUGUAAUCCUGGUGUAACCAUAGAUUCAGGUAAUCCACUACUAAAAGCAGUGUUUCUCCGUCGCCUGCGGCUCACACGACUGCUCCUGGAAGGGGGAGCCUACAUUAAUGAGAGUGACAGCCAAGGCCAGACCCCACUGAUGGUGGCCUGCCGUACCCAGCAUGUUGAUGCCCAGAGUGCCAGUCGAGUCAAGCUGAUCCAGUUUCUUCUAGAGAAGGGAGCAGACCCCAACAUCCAGGACAAAGAAGGUUGCUCUGCACUGAUGCAUGCCUGCCGGGAGCAGGCUGGCCCAGAGGUGGUUUCUCUGCUUUUGGCCAGUGGGGCAGACAUCAGUCUGGAGGAUCAGUCUGGGACAUCAGCAUUGGUUUACGCAGUCAUGACUGGAGACCUAAAGGUGCUGAACUUGUUGCUUGAUGCAUGCAAAGACAAGGGAAAGGAGGUGAUCAUCAUAACAACUGACAAAUUCCCAUGUGGUAAACUGCAAACCAAGCAGUACCUCAGCAUGCCUCCCCUUCGUCCUCUUGACCAGGCAGAAAAAAUGACAUUACCAGCUCCUGCAUCUCCAUCUGAAAUCCAGCUCAUCACAUCUCCCCAGUGCACCUCCUCUACCUUGUGCCCUCCAAAACCAGUCUUUUCUUUUAAAGAAGCACAGAUCUGUGGCAUAAGCUCCCAUCCGUGCUCCCCGUCAAGAUUUCGCGGGCUUUGCCAAGCACCUCUAAAUGGACUGCAGCAGCCUCUACUGAGGCUGAAUUCUGAACCCUGGCUGAAGAUCCCAGCAUCUCUGCUCACCCAGCAACCUCCUGAAGCUUCAGUCUCAGAAAAAGCCCAGGAUUUAAGUCUGACUGAUAACUUCUCAUUCAGAGUUCCUAGACUGGAUGAGGAUAACAGCCCAAACUCUGACAGCUACAAAUGGUGUGAAGCAAGUAAUAAAAAAGCGAGAGAUGGAAAGAAUGAUAGUGCCAAACAAGUUGGACAAAAGAUACCACUACCAGGUCUCAUUUCAUCUCACUCUGCCUCCCAUCCUAAUCUGCAUUCUGAAAACCUUGGUACAGAUUCAGUCUCCUCCUCGCUCUCCACUGGUAAAAUUCUUGUAACACAACUGCAACCUUGCAUGGCUUCAUCAAGCCUUCAUAAUGUCAUUCAAAGACGCAAGCUAGGUGCAGACAUAUACAACUCUGACCCACAAAUAGCUGUAAACAUUCAAAAUGUCCCUGAAGAGCAGAAAGCUAGAGACCUGACAGAUGGCAAGAGGCUGGCGCCUUUGCAUUCCUCUAGCACAAUGGGUUCCAGGGAGUUGAUGUCAGGAACGAGUCAGAGAAUCCUUUCUGGAUAUGAGCGCAGAGGUUCUGGUGCCUUCUUGCUGGAUCUUAACUCACAGGCCAGACCAAGAUCUCUGCCACCUCUUACUAACACCCCCAUCCUUAAUGUUUGUAACCUCAGCAAUGGAAGUAGUUUUUCUGAGAAAGAGCCUGGCCAAAAGCAAUUUUUUCCCUCUGCUCCUCCUGGGCCCCGGAAAGAGCUUACUAGGCGGAUGCUUCUAAGAAGACACUCAAUGCAGACUGAACAGUUCAAGGCCACAGCUUGA